AUACAAUAGAAUAAAGUGUACGCCUAGCCGAGGUUGGGGCGUAAGUUGUAACGUUGUCUAGACUCAAUCUGGGUGCUGUUGUACCAUCGCCAUAGUCGAAACACAAAUCUCCACUUGUUGAAGCCUAAAUCACCAAGCAGAUUUGGGAGCUCUUCAAUUCAAUUCAUUCUUUUACAAUUAACAAACGAAGAAUUUUAGGAGAUCAAAGCCGAUGCAAGUUACAUAGGAUAUAGCAUGUUUGAGGUGUACUCUUUUCAGCUAAGAUUUCUUUUAGCAAUUCAGACUGUAGUCAUGGCAAUGUAAGAAUCAGACUAUCUGAUAUGCAUUUGGUCGAGCAUUAUAUUCAUCCUCUGUACAGUAGCAAGAUAUUGAAUUCCUAGUUAUUUCCAUAGAUUUCAUAGAAGACAUAAUUGAAUAAUCGGAACAAGUCAGAGAGAUGUUUUCAUUGUUUUAUGGACUCUGGAAGUACAUGUUCACCAAGAUGGAGUUUCAUGUUCUCAUUCUUGGAAUUGACAAAGCUGGCAAAACAACAUUACUAGAGAAAGUGAAGUCACAGUAUUCAAACUUGGAAGGCCUUCCACCUGACCGAAUUGUUCCAACUGUGGGACUCAAUAUUGGUCGUGUUGAAGUUUUAAACACAAAACUCGUAUUCUGGGACCUGGGAGGUCAGCCUGGUCUUCGCUCCAUUUGGGAAAAAUAUUAUGAAGAGGCACAUGCUGUAAUUUAUGUAAUUGAUGCUGCUUGUCCAUCCCGUUUUGAAGAUUCAAAAUCUGCUCUUGAAAAGGCUCUUCGGCAUGAGGAUUUGCAAGGAGCUCCACUUCUGAUAUUAGCAAAUAAGCAGGAUCUCGAGGAUGCUGUACCUGCUGAUGAACUUGCUCGAUAUCUGGACCUCAAAAAAUUGAAUGAAAGAGUUUAUGCAUUUCAAGCAGUUUCAGCAACUGAUGGGUACACACAUUCUUUUGUUUAUAGUUAUACGUAUUUGGUAGGCAAGCAAUCGAAAGGGGCUGAAUCUGUUCAGACGCACAUGACAAUUUCUGGGUUUGACUGCAGGCUUGGGAUUAAAGAAAGUGUAAACUGGCUUGUAGAUGCUAUGGAGAGAAGCAAGAGAACAGAUACAUUGCGAGUUCGUGCUGGAUCCAGUGUUGUCUAGAAUUGAUAAAUGCUAUAGCGACAUUAUUAUAGAUUUAUAUAAUUAUAGAUUUUUGUAUGCAAAUCAGGGUUCAAUUUUUGAUCUGUAUGGUUUUGGCAUUAGACCGACAUCAAUUCUUUAGUUAUUAUGAAGAAAAUUUGUGAUUUUUA